UCAGACCGGUUGGGCGGAGGCUGCAGUCGUGUGCUGUCGCGAGCGGACGUGCCAAGAUGUUCAUCAUGAUUCCUAAUCAUGGCAUACUACCAUACGGUUAUCGACCCGGCUAUUGCAUCAACUGUGGAGCCAAGCUGGACUUCUCCAAGAUACGAGAUGACCUGAAGCAGCCUCCUGAAAAGAAAGAAAAAGGCGUGGGCAGCGACAUCAAGCCCCCGAGCCAACUUACUGCAGAAGACACCAGCGACUUGUUCCAACUUUUUCAGCGUUUAACUAAAGGCAAACCGGCCAACAAGCCUGCCACUCGCCCAGAAGCUGUCACCAAUGGCAUCGGAACUACUGCCACCACCAAUCGCCCGAUUAGUAACCCCAAUGGUCGAAUUACAUCACUUAUACCGAAAGAAAUAUUUCAAAUCGGCUACUCUUUAAUCAAAUUUAUAUUGUAAUGCGACGUUUUAAUAUGUAUUUUAAAAUUUUCCUAUUAUAACAUGGGAUUUCAUAAAGCCCGAAUUCAAUGCUCGUACCGGAUUAAUGUUUGCCAGCUCCUAGAAUAUUUGGUUUUGUUUAUAUAUUGUUGGAUAGUAAGCACCUACUUAGGUCCAGAUACAAACGGAAUACUCAUUAUUUUAAUAUAGCAUCGGGACUAUAGGGCAAAAUUUUAACGCGUAAUUCUUGAAAACCGCAUAUUUUGUAAACGCGUAUUUCUUUAUAAAAUCCACGUAGAUCCUUCUAUAAUAUUUUCAAAUUCUUAUCUUUUUGUCUUCUAUUGUAUUUUGAUACUCUUUGAUAUACAUAUACUCUUUUACAACUUUGCAGAAGAAAACAGAGAACACGAUCUUCUCUGUCUUCUUCUAGCUUUACAUCCACAUUCUUAUUUCUUUAUUCUUACUUUUAUAUAGGAAACUAUUCAAUAAAUCAUAUUUUUUUAAAGUAAUUUAUUAUAAUAUUUUGGAUUUAUGUAUUUCAAAGCAUAAAAACCGAACAACAAGUAAAUAUUGAUCACUAAGUUAUUCGCUGUGGUCUACACUCUACACAAUGCAUUCUUCAAUUUGAAUGUAUUUUUAAACAAUUUCUUCUAACUAUUCCUAUUGUAAUGUAAUCUUGUUUCCAGUACUCAAUAGCAUUACACUUGAGUCAUGUUUAUAUGUAGCUACCAACUCCUUCCCCCCGGGCAGCAGGGUAUAUUGCGCGGGUAACACAAGUCCUGGGGGCCGGCGUUCAGGAAUGAUCAACCUAAGGGAUUUCUUUCUUUGCCUGGUCGAGCGGGUUUUUUAUUCAUAGUAACAUAUUUGGAAUUCUCGGUGUUAGUUUUAGAUUGUUUAUUCUUACACUAGCCGUUUAAGCAAUAUAUAUAUUUCUCCUAUUUCAAUAGUGUGUCAUUCUAUCACUAACCUGGAAUAAUGUGUGUAUGGGAUUUGAAUAUAAACAGAAAUAAAUAUGAGGUUUUCUGCCUAAUAUCAAUAAUCAGAUUUUUGUCUUGAUGUUAGUUGUUCAUGUAUAGGCAAUAUUUAACCAAGUUAAUUAGGUCCCCCCGGACAGCAGGGAGUAGUGCGCGGGUAGCACCCGUCCUGGGGGCGGCUUGUGGGAAUGGGCAGCUCGAUGGACGGUAGGCUACAAUGAGCCAUUAUUUGUUCGGUGUCUAUUAUCGAUGUACCGUAGGAACAGUAGUCGUGUUUCAGUGUCUACUAUAACAUAUACAUUGCUUUACCUUAAUUAUUGAUUGUUAAGUUAUAUAAGUAACUGUCUGUAAUUAUUAUUCAGAGAAUAAAUUGUUUUCCAGCUUCUAUCGCAAUAUUAAAAUUUACUUUACAGUAAUCAGUCAUUAUUAACCUUUAAGGUACCUAACGUAAGAACUCUCUGUAAUAGUAGUAAUAAAUAUAAUCUGUGUAAACGAAGAUGUCUUGUUAUAUGUGACGACGGUUUAUUUAUUUAUACUGUAUAUUUAUUCACGGAAUAAACGCAGAGGGAUCGCGUGCAGA